AUGGCUACAGUCACCCAAACCCUGGAGUCUGCCAACGCCGAGGGCAAGCCCAUCAAGCUUGCCGUGGCAUACGAUGACAAAAUCCAUAAUUCAUCUAAAUAUGCGGCGUACCUCCCCGUCUAUGACACCACCACCAAGUUCCCGCCCACUGAACUGUUUGACUUCAAGGACCGCGGUCUCGACGCGGAUCCGGCAAAGCCAAACCUUCUGUCCAAGGACAAUUCAAACUUGAAGGCCACCAAAUUGACACCCCGUGUCGGGACUGAAAUCACUGGCCUUCAGCUGUCCCAGUUGACGGACGCCCAGAAGAAUGAGCUCGCAUUGCUGAUAGCCGAGCGUGGCGUUGUAGUCUUCCGUGACCAAGACUUCAAGGAUAUCGGACCCGAGAAGCAAAAGGAAUUCGGCCAGUACUUUGGCCGUCUCCACGUCCAUCCUACCGGUGCGCACGUCAAGGACCACAUUGAGUUCCAUUCCAUCUACCUCGGGAAGGACAACCUGUACCGCCUGGGUCGCAGCACGAGCAGACUCACCACCAUUGGGUACCAUUCGGAUGUCUCAUAUGAGCACCAACCCCCCGGCAUCACCCUGCUCACCCUCCUCGAGGUCCCCGAGACUGGCGGUGACACCGGCUGGACCUCCCAGGCAGGAGCCUACGACCGGCUCUCGGAGCCCCUCAAAGCCUUCCUGGAGGGGCUGAGGGCUGAGCACAGCGGCUUCCAGCAGGCGGAAAACGCCCGCAGGGAUGGUCACUUCGUUAGGCGUGAGCCAGUCAAGAGCUACCACCCCAUCGUGCGCGUGCAUCCAGUCACGAAGCAGAAGGUCCUCUUUGUCAACCCUGGAUUCACCCGGCGUAUCGUCGGGCUGAAGGACGAGGAGUCGGAUGCGAUCUUACAGUUGCUAUACAAGCAUAUCGCUCAGAGCCAGGACAUCCAGGCGCGCGUCAAGUGGGAUGACCGGACGGUUGCCCUAUGGGACAACCGCGUUACGGCGCACACGGCCAUCUCGGACUACGAUGUGAGCGAUGAAGGCGAGGGCCUUCGCCAAGGGUUCCGCAUCACGACCCUAGCAGAGGUGCCUGAGGGCGUGAACGGCCUCAGGUCCGAGUGGGACUAG